UUGUUUUCAAGAUGGCUGAUCAAACAGAAGGGACCAAGUUUUCCAGCCAGUCAGGUGGGAAACCUUCUUAUGACCCAGGGAAAUCCCCUCUGGAAGCAGGAAAACCCACAGUACAAAGUCCCGGGAAGAGAAAAGCCAGCGAGGAACCCCCACAACCAACUAAAGCACAGAAAUUUGCCAUGAAGUUUGGCUCUAAACCAGCAAACAAAGAGCCAAAUACUGAAUCAACCAAUGAAAAGAAAGCUAAGGCAGCUCCAAUUAAAAUCUCUCUCUCUUCACAGCCAAAAGAAGUAGCCCCUGUCUUACCCAAGACUAAAAAAAUAGCUUCUGUUUUUAAUGAAGAGGAGAGUGAUGAAGAGGAGGAGAUGCCACCAGAGGCAAAGAUGAGAAUGAAGAAUGUGGGAAGAGAUACCCCCACAUCAACAGGUCCUAACUCUUUUGGAAAAGGCCGUCUGGGAUUCAGCGAUAGAAACAGCUUAUUCCAGAAAGAAAUGCUGAAGCAAAUGAAUGACGUGUGUGAUGACUGAGGACUGAAAACUUUAUGGAGCUUAAUAAAGCUUCCAUUCUGACAGUUUAUUACCUGGUGAACAUUGUAAUGGUGUAUGUGUAGAUUUUUAUGAUUAAAAAAACUCUUCAUACAUCUAGCUUUUCAGAAAAAAUACCGGUACAAAUACUAGUAUGUGUAAGUAAACCAGUAAAAAUAGGAUUUUUUGACAUGUAAAAUGAAGUCGAGAUACCCAUACCUAAACUAGUGCAAUCUUAAAGCACAGGAAGCUCCUAGAUUUUAGAGGACUUUUGUGUCAGCUUUGAAAAAACAUUAUGUUCUAAUUCGUUCACACUCAAACGAACAUAAAUCAUCUAUACCAUAAAUAAACACAGUGUGUAGGUACAGAAGCGCUCUCAAGAGUGCAGUUUAUUUACAACAUCAUACAAAAAUAAUCUUCGUAAUAUAAAGUCUUGUUAAGUCCAUUCUCUGUAAUAACGAGAAAAAAGAUAAUAUGAAAUACAUGUAUUACAAUAUAAACACUGUGAGGGUGCGUGGGUGGGCGCCAUGUCUAUACUACACGAAGAGAGAGCCUUCGAAUGGGGUUUAGUUGUUAAACAGGUGAUAAGGUUUGUCGCGUAAAAUACCUGUUAAACAGGUUCUAUUUCUGAAAUAACUAACCAAUGAAAAUUGGGUUCCGGUAUAAAUAUAAAUAAACAAACAAGUGUUCGAUCAACACACGUGUUACUAUAACUGUAAUAAAUACAUAUAUUCUGUAUCAGAAUGCUAUGAUUUAUAAAUUUUGUAAUAUACGAAAUCAAUUUUUCUAGGAGUUUCAAUGUAUAGUCAUGACGUUGUCUAUAUUGACUUAUGAAAUAGUAAAAAUGUGUCACUAAAUCUGACCAUCUAUUCCGACAUGUCCAAGUAUUCUAUAAAAUUGUGAACUGAUUGAUGUGUUUGAAUUUUCAAUCAUUAAAUUAUAUACAGUGUGUAUCUAUAUUUAUACGAGUCCAUGUGGUGUACUGUAUUUAAAAUAAAAGAAUCCAGUACUAAUCAUUUUAUUCAUUAUAGAUCACCUUUAAUAGCUGGACGUUGAGUUUUCUGAUUGAAGUGUGUCGACUGUAAAGUCAUGAAAAAUAAUUUAACUUUCAAAUUCCAGAGCUUCUGUAGAUCAAGUUAUAAAAUGUAACUGGGAGAAAAUUCAGAUGAAUUCCAUGUCACUUUGCUGUCAAACUUAGAUAAUGUUAAUUAUUUUAUAAAUUGACAUUGAAAUUGUUUGUUCUUCAUGUCAUAUUUAUUGCAUUUUACAAAUAAAUUACUUGGAGCUUA